CCAAGUGUUAACAUUGAUUGUUUUGAGCGACGAAAGCAAAAUGUCUGGCAGAGGAAAGGGAGGCAAAGGUCUCGGGAAAGGAGGGGCGAAGCGUCACCGCAAAGUUCUCCGUGACAACAUCCAGGGCAUCACCAAGCCCGCCAUCCGCCGUCUGGCUCGCCGCGGUGGGGUCAAGCGAAUCUCCGGACUCAUCUACGAGGAGACGCGCGGUGUGCUCAAAGUUUUCCUGGAGAACGUCAUACGUGACGCCGUCACCUACACCGAGCACGCGAAAAGGAAGACCGUGACUGCCAUGGAUGUGGUGUACGCUCUCAAGAGACAAGGGCGCACUCUCUACGGCUUCGGCGGUUAAACACUUAAACAGUCCAUUGGUGAUCCAACCCAAAGGCCCUUUUAAGGGCCACUAAACUCAUUCUAAGAGAACAUUUUUUACUUUGGUGAUAUGAGUAUUAAUUUAAGCAUUAGUUUAGGAA